CCUACAAAUCACAAUUACAUGUGAACGGUUCAUUGGCUCACGAAUGACGGGAAUAUGAUGCUAGGCAAUAGCUGAAACGAACGAAGUCCCUGAGACCCUUACCAAAAGGUUACGAGAAUCAGAGUGUGCUUAGGCUCUUUGAGUCGCCUAGUCUAGCCGCGUUGACUCAUGUCCGAUGACAGUUAACGAUAGCCUCUGUACGUCUUUUGCUGAUCUGCACCCAUGCUUUCUGGUGGCUCCCGCCGAUCGCGGCUUCUCUUCCCAUGGGCUCCAUUCGAGUGCUCGGGGCCGCCUCUGUCCAAAGAUAAGCGCGCACUUAAUGUUCUCACCCAUGGAUAGAAAAAUUCCGCGUACCCCUGGGGCCAGGUAAUAACGUCGCACAUCACUGAUCUGUGGGAUGCAUGAUUCAAACUCGACAGAAAUGACCGUUGACGAGAUGGCCAGUGCGAGUGCUCAUGCGAUGGUUAGUUCCAGAGGAUAAUCCUCCGAUGCAAGAAGAGAGGAUCUCAUUGCCGAUCUAGAGGCAUGAGAGUCAUUGCAUACGUCAAAAAAGCCAUGCUGUAAAUCCUCGAAGUUGCGCUCACGUGUCGGGCACUCCAAUUGCCGCCGCUGUCACACUCUCAUCUUCAACUUUCCUCCUAUGCAUUCCAUCCAGUUCCAUAAGCGCUAAUUUUGUACACUCUCAUGCUCGGACAAGCAAACGCGCACUUGAUCUCGGGUCCAAUCCAAUCCGUAUCUCCAUGAACGCGAAUCUUACGGGCCUCCCAUACACUAUUGCAUUGCCGCUCAGGGUUUGGCCGGGAUGCAUUCAUACCCGGCACUUCUCCAGUUGCUUCUUGCACACAUUUCCCGUCCCUUGCGGAGAACUUGCUUCUGGGGAACUAGCUAGAGAACAGGGCACGAGGCCGGUCGGGUUUGCGAAAACCAGUGAGGUUGCAGGCAUGACCAGGACGACGCUCAGUACUUCGUGUCGCAGUUCCACGGUCGGACGACUUCCUGACUGAGUAAUCCCUGGCGUUCCCACAGAACCGCCUUUUAAGUGACCGUGUCGAGCCCUGAAUACGUACUGCAUACAUCAUGGGUACUGUGCUCCAAACCACAUUCACAACACUCGCCGUUGUCGUCUUAUCCGCCCUUGCGGCGCCAUCUCCUGCCUGGAAUUUUGUUGAAAAGGGUGUCUCUGGGAUCGUCGCGCUCGAAGCGAUCGUGGUGUCCCCGAAGCUCGUCGUAUUCUUCGACCGCGCGACGAACGACCCCCUCAAGACCGCAGAUGGCAAGACGGCAUGGGGCGAGCUUUGGAACUUGGAAACCAAUACCGGAACCCCGCUGAAGCUUGUGUCGGAUUCUUUCUGCGCCUCGGGGGCGCUUCUCAGCAACGGCACGAUGGUCUCCGUCGGCGGGCACAUCCCUGAGCCUGCCGAUCUCAAUCAGACUGGGGCGGUGGACGGUCGGAUGGGUCUCAGGCUGUUUGGGCCAUGUCUUGACCCUCCUGCCGGAGCCGGCUGCAGUGUGUUCGAGGACUUGGAGCACCUUCAUCUGGCUGAAACUCGUUGGUACCCCUCGUCUCUGCGGAUCUUCGAUGGGUCCUUGAUGAUCGUCGGCGGCAUACAUGAAGGCACACCUUUCUACAACACUGAUCCUGUGAACAAUUUCGAAUUUUUCCCGUCUAAAGAUGGUGGCGUCCCACGACCUUCCGCUUUCCUUGAGCGCACCCUUCCCGCCAAUCUGUUUCCUCGUGUUUUUGCUUUACCUGACGGCAAAGUGUUCAUGAUUGCUAGCAACCAGUCCAUCAUCUAUGACAUCGAGGCGAAGACAGAGACCAUCUUGCCCGACCUGCCCAAUGGCGUUCGAAUCACCAAUCCUAUGGACGGGACCGCUCAGCUUCUGCCGUUGUCUCCGCCGGAUUACAUUCCAGAGGUGCUCGCGUGCGGUGGAUCAGACAAGAGCGAUCAAACCCCCGUAGAGCAACUCUCGUCGCAAGAUCCCGCUUCUUCGCAGUGCAGCCGUAUCACUCUGACACCGGCCGGUAUCGCCAAGGGCUGGGAAGUCGACCACAUGCCCCAAGGUCGUAUGAUGCCAGAGAUGAUCAUCAUGCCUAAUGGUCAGGUCGUCAUCAUCAACGGCGGGGAGACUGGGUAUGCUGCUCUAAGCUCAAUUGGCACGACGACCGGGAACUCGAACGCUGACCAUCCAGUGUUCACCCCAAUUCUCUAUACACCUUCUGCACCAUUGGGCCGGCGCAUGUCUCAAGCAGGGCUUCCAACGACCGACAUUGCCCGCAUGUAUCACUCAACGGUCACGCUCACGCCUCAAGGGAACAUCCUUCUCGGUGGAUCGAAUCCCAACCCGAAUGUCACAGUUGUGCCUCCAGGACAGCCAGGAUUCUCUUCGGAGUUUCGGAUUCAGACACUCGACCCCCCGUUUAUGUCGAUGGCCCGACCCACCCUGGCCAACGUUCCCACUCACAUCGGGUUCAAUCAGAAUUUCACGAUCCAAAUCAGCGUGCCUGCUGGCGUUUCCACCGCAUCCGUCAAAGUGGCUCUGAUGGAUCUCGGCUUCUCGUCACAUGCAUUCCACUCAAGCGCCCGGCUCGUUUUCAUGGACGCCGCGCUGUCCAAGGAUAAACGUUCUCUGACUGUGCUCAGCCCACCGAACAAUCGCGUCUACCCACCUGGUCCAGCGUUCAUCUUUGUCAGCAUUGGAGAGACGACGAGUGUCGGAGCUCACGUCAUGGUAGGAUCCGGGGCAAACCCUCCAGUCAAGGACCAAGGAGUUCCACUGCCGAUUUGAGUUACUCGACAAUAGUACAAUGGCUUUGAAUGGUACAAAUGAAUGAAACGUUGUGAAUUUCUUGAACCGGUAAAACGGAGUCCGCGUCGUGCCGUUUAGCCUGAGGCAACUUGAGAACUAAGAGCGGCCAAAACUCUCUAUUUGCAGCAGGGAAAGUAGUUUGGCUGCGAUGGCGAAAACUUGCACUGAGAUGUCGCGAUAAUUACGAGCUCAAUGGGAUCGGUAUAUAAGAUGGAGGCUGCUGUGGCGUUAGGGAGCUCUUCUCCGUCAUUCCCGGUUCCUCCCCCCUCGACAUCAAAAUGCUAUGUCCUUCGCAUCUGAAGACGACAAUCACCGCGCUUGAUAAGCUACUCGCCUCCUUUCGGGCCUCCACGCACAUGCACGUUACAGCAGAUUUCCAUAUGUAAAUUGGGCGCUGCCUCCCAUGUGCGAUGCCGCGAUCAGAGAAGGCAACUCGCCGUUGACUCUUUCGUGAUGUCAUUCGUCGGAAAGGGGUUCUAUGCCGAUUCGGAUCCCCAGUAGGAGUGCACAUUUAUAAGGAAGGGCUUGAAUCGAGACCCAAGGAAUCCAAUUCGAAGCAGCUCGUCUUUCGUCCUGCUACUACCACCGACACUGGGCAUCUGUUCCUCGACAUCAUGUCUAUUCAGAUCACCAACAUACUGCGCGACGCAGGCGACGAUGUGACUGGCAAUAUGGCAGCACAGGUGCGCGCCGGACUGCUCAGUUCUGGCCCCAAGCAUCUCCCGACCAUGCUGCUCUACGACGAGCGCGGGUUGAGACUGUACGACGACAUUACGACUAACGCCCCAGAAUACUACCUCUUCGGCGCUGAGGAGGAGAUCUUGAAGAACAAAUCAGAUGAGAUUGUGGCCGCAAUGCAUCGAGGCACGGGUGGCGUCUUCGACAACGAAGUCGUUCUCGAGCUGGGCGCUGGUGCACUACGCAAAACGUCCCACGUUCUUCUAGCCCUUGCUCGUCUCGUCGAAACCACGCCAGACUCGGACAUCCCACCCAUAACGUACUUCGCCUUGGAUCUCGAACAACGUGAGCUCGAGCGCACCUUGGGCGAAAUCAGUACUUCGGCCGUGGGAAAGAGCCUGGAGGGUAAGGUGGAGACGCGUGGAUUGUGUGCGACCUAUGACCAAGGACUCAAGUUUGCGCAUUCUGGCGGCUUGUGGCACACUCGUGGCAAUCGCCAACACCAAUCAAACUCCCGCCGAUCAUUCUCGUUGCACGAUUUCCGGGCAGUGCGCGAUGUCUCUCCUCCGAGCUCGUCUGGCAGUGGCUCGUCCGAGGCAGCGACAUCGCCACCCUCGACUCCAGAUGACACUCCUCCACCGGUGCACCUGAUGUUCCUGGGCUCAUCUCUGGGCAACUUCUCACGGUCUGAGGGAGCGACCUUCCUCCGCUCAUUGCCUCUCCGGCCUGGAUCCGGGGACACCCUUCUGAUCGGCCUGGAUCAUGACAAUGAGAAGGCUAUGAUUGAAGCAGCUUACAAUGACAGCCGGGGCUAUACGAAGCAGUUCAUCUUGAACGGUCUCAAGACGGCUGGCAGAGCGAUCGGGGAUGAAAAUUUGUUCGAUGAAGAUAAUUGGGAAUAUGUCAACAAUUACGACGUGACCGACCGGCGGCACGAAGCCUUUCUGCAAGCGAAGCGCUCUCAUACAGUGAUGCUCCCCGAAGAAGUCUGCUUUUCCAUGGGGGAGAAGGUCAAGAUCGAAGAGUCGUUCAAGUUUUCCGAUGCGGACGCUUACACUCUUUUCUCCGAGAGCAGCUUGCGAGUGAUUCAGCGCUGGACUGAUAGCACUCAUCGUUACUCACUUUGGCUGCUUGAACGGCCGCUGUUUACGUUUCCAUUAUUAUCAUCACCCCACGCAUGCGACUCUCGGGGCCAACUCGUGCCGAAGAAGUUAUAUUCGACCUCUCCAUUCGGUGUGCCUUCACCAGAAGAGUGGCAGAACCUCUGGGCGGCAUGGGAUUUUAUCACGCGCCGAAUGAUCCCAUCCUCCAUGUUGAUGCAGAAACCGAUCGAUCUGAGGCACAUUUGUCUGUUCUACCUCGGCCAUAUCCCGACUUUCUUGGAUAUCCAUUUGUCCAAGCUCCUCCAAGAGCCUCACACUGAACCCGAGUCUUUCAAGCGUGGAAUCGACCCCGAUGUCGACGACCCAAACAUGUGCCAUGUGCGCCAUCACGAAACUGUACCUACCGUCUACUUACUAUUCUUCCAGCCUCAUUCGGCAGUCCCACAAAACGAAAGCGAGUGGCCGACUAUGAUGCAGAUCCUUCGAUUCCAAGCCCGGGUACGCGCCCGGGUGCUCAAGAUCUACGAAAAAAUCGAUUCAGGCGCGUUGGCCCUGACACGCAAAGUCGGCCGGGUGCUCUUCAUGACAUUGGAACACGAGGCGAUGCAUGCAGAGACGUUGCUGUACAUGCUAUUGCAGAGAGCUGGGAGCGGGACGCUCCCACCUUCAGGAUUUGUGACUCCGCCCUGGGAGUCUCUAGCCGAACAGUGGGACUCGGAGCCCGCACCACACAAUUCCAGCAUCGUGUUGGGGCCCGAGAUGGUUGUGUAUGGGCAUGAUGAUCUCGAGGAUGAGGAUGACGCAGUCGCCGGCGACCAUGAGUUUGGCUGGGAUAACGAGCAUCCUAAACGCCAGACGCAAGUGGGCCAGUUCCGGAUCGAGUGGCGCCCUGUGACGAACGGGCAGUUCUAUCGAUUCUGGACGACCACCAGUGAAGAUGUGGCUCUGCCUGCCAGCUGGGUCGAGGUUGACGGGGAGAUGCGGGUCCGCACUCUCUAUGGGCCCAUUCCAAUGAAGAUCGCCAAGAACUGGCCCGUGCUGACGUCGUAUGCCAACCUCUCCAAGUACGCUGUCGUCCAGGGCGGUCGCCUGCCCACUGAGGCCGAGCUCCGGUUGUUCAACGCCAAAUUCUCGGCUGGGCACGGGGGAGGAGAAAACGUCGGCUUCCGGAACUGGCAUCCUGUCCCUGCCACCACUGGCAACGGUCGGCGGGGCAGCAACGGCGGAGUCUGGGAAUGGACGUCUACCGUGUUCGACCGGUACGACGGAUUUGUGCCGUCCAAGUUGUACCCAGGGUACUCUGCAGACUUUUUUGACGAGAACCAUCGUGUUGUGCUUGGCGGGUCAUAUGCUACGAUCCCCCGUCUCGCCGAGCGCAAGAGUGUUCGUAACUGGUAUCAUCACAAGUAUGCUUACGCUUGGACCGCCGGCCGAGUCGUAUAUGAUGUGUGAUGUUGGGGGUUUGAAAUGGUCGGAAACGACCUCAAUCUGUAUCAUCUACAUCUCUGUAACCACCGGCAAUGUAACACCGCCUUUUGCAUUCACAGUUUAUGCAAAAUAGCUAGGGGGCGCAACAUUUGUCGAGUCUCCAGACGCGGCUGCCUCCGCUAGCGGUGCUUCCGACCUCUUGGAAGUCACUUCGGGCAUCGCAGGAGGAUGGCUCAGGUCGAUGACAAAUGGCGACACCUGUCGCUCUAGAGGACCGCGCCUCAUUAACAGCGUGGUUUGGUUGCGUGGAACAAUUCCUAUUCGAUCCACCGAGUUCGACUCUGGUCCAUGAUUCUGCUUGCGCUUGCAAUAUCGUGAUAUCAUCAGCACGGCGAUGACACAGCCCAUCAAACCUCCGACUAUCCCGCCAAGGAGUGCUGCGGAAGGACGGUGCCUUGUAACGGAAGAUUGGAGCGCUGGAGUCGAAGAUGGAUAAGCAGUAUUCAGUGCACUCCAUGCGGACAUCGAUGAACUGGCCGUUUGAGAAAGGAAGGUUGACGAUAUCCAAACCGAUGUGGUACUGACUCCAUCGGCACCCUGCGUCGAUGUUGAGUGUGCAGAUGAAACAGAAGAAACAGAAGAUGUAGGCGAGGAUAUCAUCGUCGUGGUCGAUGUGGGAUGGGCAGAUGUUGUUGAUAUGGCAUCUCCCGAUCUACUGGUGCUGAUAUCAGCAGUUGAAGUCGCUGUAUGCAAGGUGGUAGCGACGGGCUGGGUUGUGGUUGAGGUUGUGAGCUGAGGACUGGGUUGUGUUGCAGGCACAGGAGCAGGAGCAGAAUUGGGUGUGCUUCCAGAGUUCGACGGGGGAACGCUGCCCGCAGGGAGGACAGUCAAGCUGCUUCCCCAUUCUCCAGCCGUGUAGAGAGCUAAUUCACUGGCGAACACGAAGCUCGACGUAUCCUGCGGCAACGGCCAGCCGUUCGGCACACUAGUGGAGACAGACCACGCCUUGUCCGACACAAGAAUCUCUGGGGAUCCUUCCGUGUAUUCGAGCUUGAUUGCCGCAAGGAGCCCCGGGGGCGGGCUGCCCGUGUCGUUAUCAUUCACCGCCAGGAUGGAGAAUGUGUUCCACGAUGCGGCGAGCGGGGCGAAGAAGGUUUGCACGGACUUCCAGCCAUCCGCUCCCCUAUCGACGUGGGCGGUCUGAUUCCCGUUGACCCAAAGAGUGUAACUGUUCACAACUGUGAGGUGUAUGGUCGCUGAGGAUGCGGUUCGGCCAGUGGGGGUGGCGUAGCCACGCAGAACGGCGAUAGUGCCUGUCGCAGAAGGAUUCGUCCAUAUCCAGUGUGCGGAAUCCAGACCAGCGUCAGAAACAGAGUCUCGUUCGACUACGGUUUCAGAGGCUCGAAAGGCAGGCCGGGCGUAGGAGAGUCGCGAUGGAGCGUAACAGAGAAGGAAUACAACAAGGAAAAGACAGUAUCGCGGAAUGAACGCUGCGGCGGAUCGGAUCCUUUUCCUCUCGAAUUUCCUUCUAACGCACCUAGGGUGGCCAACAUCGAAGUUCGGACGUGGGGCAAAGAGAGCGAGGAUGGGAUCGACACAGAUCGUCCUCUAUAAAAAACGACUUGUCCCAUCGAGGAUACGCAUGACUUGCGUGUGUAGAUCGGGAGGAUCUUUCGUGCAGGAGGUAACAAGUCUGGAGGGAUCAUAGUUGAUCAUGUGAUGAUCGACAUUCAUAUGAACGAUCACCCUUCGUAAUUGUAUCGAUGAGAUCAUUCUGUGACCUGUCUCACUGUUUACGACUCGCAUGGCAAAUCCAUGAACAAGAUAUCUAUCCACCGUCGCGUCCAUGAACUCGUGAAAACAGCGCCGAGUACAGCGAAUCAGCUUCCGCUGGGAAUGAGCACCGCGGUCCAGGUCGUGCGAGGAGAUGUCGCGGUGCAGUUCCCAGAGACGCGGAUCUAAAUCGUCACCAUAUCAGCAACGAGUGAUGUGAAGAACCCAGUAUCGUCCCGUGAG